GUGGGAGCGGCCGCCGCCCGCCUCGGGAAAAAGGGGGUGGGAAAGGGGGGGGGAAGCCGUGCGCCUCCCCCGCGCCAGGUCCUUGGGGAGCGAGGCUGCAGGUGGGGGCUCUGCCGCUUGGGUCUCGCCUGGAAGCGCCUCGGGCAGGGAAAGUUUCCGCUCUCUUCUCGUCCCCUUCUCCUCCUUCCUUUCCUCCUUUUUCUUUCUUCUUUCUUUCUCUCCUUUUUAUCCUUUCUGCUGACCCUGUGGCACCAUGACGGCGUCUCCCGACUACCUGGUGAUCCUCUUUGUGACCACGGCGGGCACCAACGGGGCAAGGCUGGGCUCAGACGAGCGAGAGCUGCUCCAGCUCCUGUGGAAAGUGGUCGACCUGAGGAGUAAGGAGCUGGGGCACCUGCAUGACGUGCUGGUCCGGCCUGACCACCCAGAGCUGACGGCUGAGUGCCAGGAGAUCACCCAGGUGGAUGUGGAGAGCCUGGCACUGGCUCCGCCGCUGGAGCAGGCACUGAGACAGUUUAAUCAGUCUGUGAGCAAUGAGCUGAAUAUUGGUGUAGGUACUUCCUUCUGUUUCUGUACUGAUGGACAGUUGCACAUUAGGCAGGUUCUGCACCCUGAAGCUUCCAAAAAGAAUAUCUUACUGCCUGAAUGCUUCUACUCCUUUUUUGACUUGCGGAAAGAGUUCAAGAAGUGUUGCCCUGGCUCACCUGAAGUUAGCAAACUCGAUGUUGUGGCCAUGACAGAAUAUUUAAAUCUUGAUAAGAACAGUCCAGCAUUUCCGUAUGGAGCCUCUCAAGUUGAAGAUAUGGGGAAUAUUAUUUUAAGACUAAUAUCUGAACCGUACAAUCACCGAUUUUCAGAUCCAGAAAGAGUGAACUACAAAUUUGAAAGUGGGCCUUGCAGCAAGAUGGAACUUGUGGAUGACAAUGCUGUUAUCCGAGCAAGAGGAUUGCCAUGGCAGUCGUCUGACCAGGACAUAGCGAGAUUCUUCAAAGGCCUAAAUAUUGCCAAGGGAGGUGCUGCACUCUGUCUCAAUGCCCAAGGUAGAAGGAAUGGGGAGGCUCUUGUGAGGUUCGUAAGUGAAGAGCAUAGAGAUCUAGCACUACAAAGGCACAAGCAUCACAUGGGGAAUCGAUACAUUGAGGUAUACAAGGCAACAGGUGAAGACUUCCUUAAAAUUGCAGGAGGCACUUCCAACGAGGUUGCACAGUUCUUGUCGAAAGAAAAUCAAGUGAUUGUCAGGAUGCGAGGUCUUCCUUUCAAUGUAACAACAGAAGAAGUGCUGACUUUCUUUGGCCAGCACUGCCCUGUAACAGGAGGGAAGGAGGGAGUCCUGUUUGUCACAUACCCUGACAGUAGGCCGACAGGGGAUGCCUUUGUCUUGUUUGCUUGUGAGGAAUACGCACAAAAUGCACUGAAAAAGCAUAAGGACUUGCUGGGGAAAAGGUACAUUGAACUCUUCAGGAGCACUGCAGCAGAAGUUCAGCAGGUGCUGAACAGGUACUCUUCCACACCUCUCAUUCCUCUUCCAACACCUCCUAUUCUUCCAGUAUUACCUCAACAAUUUGUGCCUCCCACAAACAUCAGAGACUGCAUACGUUUGCGUGGUCUUCCCUACGCUGCUACUAUAGAGGACAUCCUGGAGUUCUUGGGAGAGUUUUCUACAGAUAUUCGGACCCAUGGAGUUCACAUGGUACUGAACCACCAGGGGCGUCCAUCAGGAGACGCUUUUAUUCAGAUGAAAUCUGCAGAUCGAGCUUUCCUGGCUGCACAGAAGUGUCAUAAGAAGACUAUGAAGGACAGAUAUGUUGAAGUCUUUCAAUGUUCUGCUGAGGAGAUGAACUUUGUAUUAAUGGGGGGCACUUUAAAUCGAAAUGGCUUGUCCCCACCACCAUGUAAGUUACCAUGCCUUUCACCCCCUUCCUACUCCUUUCCCGCUCCUGCUGCAGUUAUGCCAACAGAAGCUGCUCUGUAUCAGCCAUCCAUGCUCCUCAACCCACGAACACUCCAGCCCUCCACAGCCUACUACCCUGCUGGGGCUCAGCUCUUCAUGAACUACACAGCAUAUUACCCCAGUAUGCAGCAGAGGAUGGACUUGUACACACAAAUGAUCCUGCCAGGACAGUGUCCAAAGAAUGGAUUUGUAUUUAAAGGCCCCAGCAGUUAGACUUCCUUAGAGAAGAUUCUUCCACCCUUUCUGAUGUUUUGAACAAACACAGCGAGCAUAGAUGGAGAUUAUCAUUACAUUCCCAGUUUUACUGCUUCUCAAGCCAGUUGUGCUCAAGAGAAAAAAAUCACCAGAACUCUGGAAAUCAGCAGAUGGACCUCUAACUGUGUUCAAGUUGAUGCACAAUUUUCAAACAUGCACACACAGACCACUAAGCCCUUCACUGAGAGCACAGGCGUUGAAAUCAUGCAAGUCCUUGAGGGUUUCUCCUUGAUAAAGUAUUCAGCUGCUCUUAACACAGACCUAGUUUAGCCUCAACCUAAAAUUCUGAUCUCUUAUGUUCUUUGAAAUAGCAAAAAAGUCUCUUUUUUUGUCUAAUUUUGCACACAGUUCUUUUUUAAUUAAAGUAUUUUACAACCUCUAAUUGUGCACUUGAUAUUUUAAUUAAAAAAACCUUUUUUUUUUUUUUGGCUUGUAUAUAUGUCUAAACUGCGCAAAAGAGACCAUUGUAAACUUUAUAUGCAGGCAUAUUUUACACAGUGCAGAAAUAAUUAGGAAUGUAAAAUGGAUUAUCUGAGGGGAAAAAUGCUGUAACUUUGUAAAAGUAUACGUGUGGGAUGUUAAAUGCUUUGUCUCUGAUUCUUAUCUUGUAUGCUUUUUCAUAUGCACUCAGGUAUUUAAAUUUUAAAAGGCUUACAGGAGUAUGCAUUUUCAAACUUUGCUCACUCUGCUUAGUCAGAAAACGAGAAAUGUAGUUCAUGUCUCUCCUGUGCUACUACUUUUAUUUUUCCACUUCCUUCUCUACCCACCCUGCUUGGUGUUUGACAACCUUUCAUGCAAGAGAAGGAAUUGUGAUCUCUAGUAAGACCCAGCACCUUAUCUGCUUCAAAGGAGAGUCACUCAGGGAUGGUAGUUUGAGGGUAGUCUCUCUCUGAACUAGAGCAGGUAACCCAGCACCACAGCUGUCACUCUUACCAGAGAAAUCAGGUGAUAAAUGUGCUCUUACUUAAAUAACUGAUGUCUUUUAGCAGCCUCUGGUCUCCCUGCCUGCCCUGAACCUGGGCUUCAGGCUGAGGGUUAGAUCACUACGUCUUUCCAUGGCAAUUACACUCAUCAUUUCUGCUGAAGAAAGGGGGAAGGAAACCCUGAAAUAAAGAGAGUUGUGGGGCUAAAAGUUGCAAAGUGGAUAGGUUCUCUGGCAUGUUCAAAAUAAAUAUUGCAGAAGUGAGGGCUUCAAGCACUUUGAGUUUGUGGUGCUUAGAGUCCUCCUGUAUUUAGUUCCCAUGAGCCCAACUCCACAACAGUGCCUUGCUAUCUCUGAAAGGAAGUAAAGGGGAAU